GCCUGGGCCAUACUCCCGGCGGGGCCGGGCUGGGGGAUGGAGUGGAAGCUGCAGCGCGCGGCCCCGCGCAGGGUGCGCACCGAGGAGCAGCUCCUGUGGGAGAAUGUCAUGCGGGCUCUCGCCAAAGAUAUGAAGAAGAAAAGUCAAGUUUCUCCUAAGGCAUUUGAUUCAGCUAUGACUACAUAUUCUAACUUUAAGAGCAACUUUGUGAAGAGGCUGUCAGCUGAGGUUCCCCUAGCCAGCAGUCCAAUUACCACAAGAUGGCGGCAAAACCAAACAAAGGAUUUGGCAGCCUAUUCUGGGGAAGAGUAUUCAACAACUGACCUCCCAGAAGCUUCUACCUCUGUGCUGAAGAUAUCACCUGAGAAAGACACCUUGAUUCUAGAACCACCAAAGACCCCCAUCAAAGGAAGUUUUGAUACAGAUAACUCUGCCUUCGCAUUUCAUAAUGGACCUCACACACAGGACAGAGGCUGGAAUGGAAUCAUUGCCUCAAAAGGUCAGAAAUGCCUAAACCAGUUAUUUUCAACCCAGAAGGUGGCUCAUCAGGAGAAUGGGAACCUGCAGUUUUGUGCUAAAUCCCAAUGUAUCUGGAGAGGCUGUAGAGAUGGAGGCAGAGCUGAAUCCUUCCAUCUUAAAAGGUUCAAUGAUAUAAACUACUCCACACUCCAACCAGAGGUGAAGAUUCAUCUUACUGGUCUUCGAAAUGAUUACUAUCUGAAUAUACUAGAUUGGAAUUUUGAAAAUCUUGUUGCUGUAGCCCUUGGAUCUUCUGUACGCAUCUGGAAUGGGGAAAGCCACAAUGGGAUUGAAAAUAUAGACUUCAGUCUCACUUGUAACUAUGUAUCUUCCGUGUCCUGGAUUAAAGAGGGAAACUGUCUGGCUGUUGGCACCAGCGAGGGAGAAGUGCAACUAUGGGAUGUGGUCACAAAAAAGCGCCUGAGAAAUAUGCUGGGCCACUUGUCUGUAGUUGGAGCUCUGAGCUGGAAUCACUGUAUCCUCAGCAGUGGAUCGAGACUGGGCCGUGUGUAUCAUCACGAUGUUCGGGCAGCCCAGCACCUUGUUGGGUCGCUUGGCCACAAGCAGGCGGUGUGUGCCCUGAAGUGGUCCCUGGAUGGGGGGCUGCUCGCCAGUGGCUGUAGUGAUGGAUUGUUGACUCUCUGGCCCCAUGAUCCAGGGGCGAACCCACAGCGUCAGCCGCUGAAAGUUAUAACCCAGCCUACAGCAGUCAAGGCCAUGGAUUGGUGCCCCUGGCAGUCUGCAGUUCUUGCUAUUGGAGGAGGAUUGAAGGAUGGACGUUUACACAUCUUGGACAUAAAUACUGGAAAAAGCAUCCAGACCCCAACCACCAACUCACAGAUUUGUUCCCUAAUUUGGCUACCAAAGACAAGGGAGAUUGCAACUGGUCAAGGCACUCCUCAGAGUGACGUGACUAUGUGGGCCUGUCCUGCUUUGGCCAGAUCGGGUGGAUUUUUUGGCCACAGAGGCAGAGUGCUGCACUUGGCUUUGAGUCCAGAUAAGACCCGAGUGUGUUCUGCUGCCGCGGAUGGCACAGCCUAUAUUUGGAACUGCUGCUAGCCUCUGUCCCUCUGAGCUCCAGCUUCCUCCUUGCUCAGUGAGAGUCACCGCACUGACCUUGUCUUUUUCAUGGGGUUGUUGAGUAUCUAAUGAGAUGAAGUGCUUUUCCUGACUUGAGAGCCUGUUCUUCCUUA